AUGCAUGAUCCCUCGAUAUCGAACUUGGCCAGGUCCCCGGACCUGGAGCGAAACGACGGUGGAGACUUUCUCUUGAACCAGACUGUACAAAGCUUCUCGUGGCAGGAUCUGACUGUCACAGUCAGAGACCGAGAGACCAAGAAGUCCCGCGAUUUGAUCAAUGCUAUCAGCGGUGAUGCACAACAUGGGGAGCUGGUUGCCUUGAUGGGCCCCUCGGGCUGUGGUAAGACAACUCUUCUCAACGUUCUCGCUCGACGUGCCGCGUCGUCCGGCGCAAAGGUGAUCGGGGAGACCUACGUGAACGACUCACAGGCCGACGCCAGAUCUUUCCAGCGGAUGACCUCCUAUGUCGAGCAGGAGGAUGCAUUGAUAGGGUCCCUGACUGUGCAAGAGACAUUGAAGUUUGCAGCAGAUCUUUCCUUGCCUAGAUCCGUAUCAAAACUUCAACGUAUGGAGCGAAUCCGAACCCUUUUGGAAGCAUUUGGUAUUCAGAAGCAAGCAAACACUUUGGUUGGCACCCCGAUCCGAAAGGGGAUCAGUGGUGGCCAGAAGCGCCGCGUGAGCGUUGCUAGCCAGCUCAUCACUUGUCCCAAGAUCUUGUUCCUGGACGAGCCAACCAGUGGACUGGACUCAACAGCCAGUUAUGAGGUAAUCUCAUAUGCGAGGGAACUUGCUAGAGCCAAUAAUCUCAUCAUCAUCGCGAGUAUUCACCAACCGUCGACCACAACAUUCAAGCUGUUUGAUAAGCUGCUUCUCCUUUCAUCUGGGAGAACUUGCUAUUUUGGCCGAACCGAGCAUGUUGAGAGCUACUUUGAUACCAUCGGCUACCCGGUACCUCUCCAGACCAAUCCGGCCGAAUUUCUGUUGGAUAUCGUCAGCUCGGAUUUUUCAGGCUCCAAGGAACUUGCCAGUGAGAGGGUGCAAGCUAUCCAGAAUGCUUGGACUGAGUCGACACAAGCGGUCAGUGUUACAAAAGAGAUUUCCGAGCGAGUUCAUUCAGUGGAGAAGACUGUCAACAAGUCCGCAAUGGAGGACAUGACUCGGCCAAAUGGACUUUCGAUCACCUUGGCUCUUUUGCACCGGUCUUUUAUCAAGUCCUACCGUGAUGUCGUCGCAUAUGGAAUUCGCAUUGUCAUGUAUCUUGGUUUGGCCAUCAUGAUGGGUACUGUGUGGCUUCGACUUCAUCCAUCUCAGGAAUACAUUCAGCCUUUCAUCAAUGCGAUCUUCUUCGGUUCUGCUUUUAUGUCUUUCAUGGCUGUAGCCUACGUCCCAGCAUUCCUAGAAGACCGGGCAACCUUCGCAAAAGAGAGAGCUAACGGGCUCUACGGUGCAACACCCUUCAUGAUAUCUAACUUUUUGAUCGGGUUGCCCUUCUUGUUCCUAAUCUCCAUCCUCUUCUCGAUUGUCUCAUACUGGCUUUCAAACUUCCAACCAACCGCGGAAGCGUUCUUCACCUGGGUGAUGUGGAUCUUCCUCGACCUUGUUGCCGCCGAAUCGCUCGUAGUCCUCGUGACAGCAAUCUUCCCGAACUUUGUGAUCGCCUUGGCGCUGGUAGCAUUUGCAAAUGGACUGUGGAUGAGUGUCGGAGGGUUUCUGGUCACGCCGACGAUUCUCAAUCCGUUUUGGAAAUAUGUGUUUCACUACAUCGACUAUCAGGCAUAUGUAUUCCAGGGUAUGAUGGUCAACGAGUUCUCAAAACGUACCUAUUCCUGUGGCGCCGGAUGCCAGUGCAUGUACAACACCGAUCUAGCAGAUCAAUGUCUCAUUCGUGGCACCGGGGUACUGGAGUCAUAUGGCUAUGCCACUGGUCGGACCGGGAAGUGGGCUGGAAUUCUUGUUGGCAUUAUUGCAGUUUAUCGACUGUUCGGAUGGAUUGCCCUGUAUCUGCGAAAGAACUAG